GUGACCAGACAGUGCUCAUGCCUACGCUGGCAUUAGCACAUGGCAGCCAUGGGGCUGCCUGGGGGCUAGCAGGCCAGACCCGCGGGGAAAAAGCUGUGGAGAAUGGUCAUGCCCCCUGCCCAGAACAAGUGGUUCUUUGGCAUGAAGGACAGAUAAAACAGACGUGGGCAGAUUUCUGUCCCACUUAUGGGUCACUCAGAACAGGUAUUUGGAGUCGCAAGAUGACUCCAGCUGGACCCAGCUAGCUUCUUCUUCCUUGGCUGGGACCCAAGAGACCCUGGCAGGUGUUUAGGGUCCGAGGAGGGUCAGCCCUGCCCUCCUUCCACACCCACCUGUUCUGCCACAGGCCUCAAAGCGGAGCACUGGCCGGGUGGGCAGUGAAGAAAUAGGUUUCUGAGCAAGUCUCACCGUUAGCUUCACUCCUCAGUCAGGCUUUGGCCCCUCUGGAGCCCGGUGGCCGCUGGGAUGGGCCCUUGGUGGGCUCUGUGGCUGAUAGUCACCCUCCUCCAAACCCUGGAGGGUCAGACUCCAACCACGCCUCGAGGCUUUUCUCAAAUGACAAGCUUCGAAAGCAAGCAGUUUCAGGGGGAGUGGUUCGUCCUCGGUCUGGCGGGCAACACCUACAAGAGAGAGCACCGGGCCUUGCUGAACUCCUUCAUCACACUGUUCGAGCUGAAAAACAACAGUCAGUUUCAGGUGACCAACUCCAUGACUCGGGGCAAGCGCUGCAACACUUGGUCCUAUACCCUGACCCCAACUACCAAGCCAGGGAAGUUCACCGUGGACAACGGAGAGCCAGGGCCUGGGGCAGACAAAGAAGACAUGCAGGUCAUAGAGACGGACUAUACCAAGUUCGCCCUGGUGCUGUCCCUCAGACAGACAAGCAGCCAGACCGUCACCAGGGUCAGCCUUCUGGGUAGAAGCUGGAGGCUUCCCCAUAAGAUAAUAGACAAGCUCAUCUGCCUAACCAGAACACAAAACCUCACAAAGAAUAACUUCAUUUUCCCUGAUGUGACCGGUAAUGGGGCAGGCAGUGGAUGGAUCCCGCUCUUUGGACACUGGGUCAAGACCCCGGUCUCUGAGGGUCAGCCAAGCCAGGAGCAUCUCCGGAGAGCCUGGGAAGUACACUGUGAGUAUGGCUGGUAG